CAAAAGAGAGUAAGUUAUACCUACCAGCAAAACUCUUUACCCAGUCUGAAAUAAAAAACAAUCCGCAAAAUUUACCCGAAAGUAAGGAAAUUUUUAAUUCUCCUCCUUACUUGCUUUUAAAUUCCCCCCUUACCGAAGAAGAUACUCGCACUCCUACCCCACACCAAUUAACUUUCCCUUCCCCCACUCUCCCUAAUUUUCCUAUCAGAGAAGAAAAAAAUUUAGAUAAUUUAUUAGAAUUAGCUAGCAAAUACCAAGACUUACAAAAACUUUUACAAGAAAAAUAA